AUGCCUUUCGAUGUGGAUGUGAACGCUAUUGAUGAUCGUCUUCGACAAUUGGCCUUGUUUGAUCAAGCAACUUGUUACUCUAAACAAAAAGCUUCGCUUCAGAGAGAAUUAGAAAAUUUCCUUUCCUCUCUACCAGGCUUAAUUGCAGUUUCAACUGUUACACCACGUGAUAUUUGCCGUUUCUUGGUGUAUAAAGACAAGAAUGGGAAAACCCAGGUCCACCGUAACGGAUGCCCUCAUUUGGGGAAGAGAGGCACAUUUGAUUGUGCUUGCCCGUUAAGACUUUCCUAUAAAACUGUAGACUCGUAUAUUGGUAAACUACGGGCAAUCUUCCACACUAUUGGGCGUGAUGGGGAAUGGGAUAGACGCCUUGGCCUUGGAAACCCGGCUGCAGAUAAAUCGGUUAAGGACUAUCUCCGUUUAGUUACGGCUGAGCAGCUACAGGCAAGAGUAACGCCGAAACAAGCUUCCCCAUUUUUUGUGGACAAACUUGCUCAGUUAUCUGACUACAUCGAUAGAAAUCUGCAGUCUCCUAAUAUCACUCCAACACAACGUUUUAUUCUCGCGAGGGACCAGGCGUACUUUAAAGCGGUAUUUUCUAGUGGUGAUAGGCCUGGAGAUAUGGGCCUGGUGAAGGUACCAGAAAUUCUGAGAUUCCCAAAUGAUGAUGGUUUCCUGUUUAACCAUGUGUGAGGCAAAACCUUGAGGGACGGUGAUAAUAAUGUCUUUGAGAUCAAACGAAACCCACAGACAAAGAUCUGUCCUGUUCAGGGGAUAGAACAUUAUAUGGCAGUGGCUCAGCAACUAAGGAUCGAUUUAACGAGGGGUUAUCUUUUUCGCCCAACUACUCCUCAAGGGGGCAUACUCGAUGCACCAUUCAGCUCAACUGCGGCGGAGGCUCGUUUAAAGGGAUAG